CAGGAGGAGAGUCCGCUCUGCGCAAUCCAGUCCGGGACUUGGCUCCGCCCGGGAGCGACGGCCUCUCCGGGGAAAGACGAGUAGUGAGCGGCAAGGGGUGAGGCUGCAGCCAACUCCGCUCCCCGCGCACUCGGCUGCCCAGGCGCUCGGGACGCAGCAGCGACGCUUCUCCGCGGGGCCGACCGCCCGCGAUGCCCGCUUAGGAGCAGCGGCAGCGGCCAGCAUCUCCACACCCGCAGCAUAGCGCGCCAGGGCGCUGAGCGGGGCUACAGCGUGCACCCCUGCCCCAGCCCCCACCCUGCCCCCCACCCUGAAAUGACUUGUUAAUCGGCGCAGACACCACCGAAGGGACUCACCGGAGUGGAAUCCAAGUGGAAUUUGGAUUGGGAGAAGAGUUUCUUGAACAUUUACUCCUUCCUUGUUGGUUUUUUCCUUCUUUUUUCCUCUCCCCUUCUGUGUCUGUCAUUGGAGAUGAACACAGCACGUUUGCAUCCCAGAAAGUAGUCGCCGCGACUGUUACCCCCAAAGAGACAAGCACACAUGUAGGAAUGACAAAGGCUUGCAAAGGAGAGAGCACAGCUCGCGGCCCGGAGAGAUCCCCUCGAUAAUGGAUUACUAAAUGGGAUACACGCUGUACCAGCCCGCUCCGAGCCCCGGCCGUCUGCCCGUCGAUGCACCGAAAAGGGUGAAGUAGAGAAAUAAAGUCUGCCCGCUGAACUACUAUGAGGUCAGAAGCCUUGCUGCUAUAUUUCACACUGCUACACUUUGCUGGGGCUGGUUUCCCAGAAGAUUCUGAGCCAAUCAGUAUUUCGCAUGGCAACUAUACAAAACAGUAUCCGGUGUUUGUGGGCCACAAGCCAGGACGGAACACCACACAGAGGCACAGACUGGACAUCCAGAUGAUUAUGAUCAUGAAUAGAACCCUCUACAUUGCUGCUAGGGACCAUAUUUAUACUGUUGAUAUAGACACCUCACACACAGAAGAAAUUUAUUGUAGCAAAAAACUGACAUGGAAAUCUAGACAGGCUGACGUAGACACAUGCAGAAUGAAGGGAAAACAUAAGGAUGAGUGUCACAACUUUAUUAAAGUCCUUCUAAAGAAAAACGAUGAUACUUUGUUUGUCUGUGGAACGAACGCUUUCAACCCUUCCUGCAGAAACUAUAAGAUGGAUACUUUGGAACCUUUUGGGGAUGAAUUUAGUGGAAUGGCCAGAUGCCCUUAUGAUGCCAAACAUGCCAACGUUGCACUGUUUGCAGAUGGAAAACUAUACUCGGCCACAGUGACUGACUUCCUUGCCAUCGAUGCAGUCAUUUACCGGAGUCUGGGAGACAGCCCAACCCUACGGACUGUCAAGCAUGAUUCAAAAUGGUUGAAAGAACCAUACUUUGUCCAAGCAGUGGAUUAUGGAGACUAUAUCUACUUCUUCUUCAGGGAAAUAGCGGUGGAGUACAACACCAUGGGAAAGGUAGUUUUCCCAAGAGUGGCUCAGGUUUGUAAGAAUGACAUGGGAGGGUCUCAAAGAGUCCUGGAGAAACAGUGGACAUCUUUCCUCAAGGCUCGCCUGAACUGCUCAGUUCCCGGAGACUCUCAUUUUUAUUUCAACAUACUCCAGGCUGUUACAGACGUGAUUCGUAUUAAUGGCCGUGAUGUUGUUCUGGCAACCUUUUCCACACCUUAUAACAGCAUCCCUGGGUCUGCAGUUUGUGCCUAUGACAUGCUUGACAUUGCCAAUGUUUUUACUGGAAGAUUCAAAGAACAGAAGUCUCCAGAUUCCACCUGGACACCAGUUCCUGAUGAACGAGUGCCUAAGCCCAGGCCAGGUUGCUGUGCUGGCUCAUCCUCUUUAGAAAAAUAUGCAACCUCCAAUGAGUUUCCUGAUGAUACCCUGAACUUCAUCAAAACGCACCCGCUCAUGGAUGAGGCUGUGCCUUCCAUAAUCAACAGGCCAUGGUUCCUGAGGACAAUGGUCAGAUACCGCCUGACCAAAAUUGCCGUGGACACCGCUGCUGGGCCCUAUCAGAAUCACACUGUGGUUUUCCUGGGAUCAGAGAAGGGAAUCAUCUUGAAGUUUUUGGCCAGGAUAGGAAACAGUGGUUUCCUAAAUGACAGCCUUUUCCUGGAGGAGAUGAGCGUUUACAACCCUGAAAAGUGUAGCUAUGAUGGAGUAGAAGACAAGAGGAUUAUGGGCAUGCAACUGGACAAAGCAAGCAGUUCUCUGUAUGUUGCAUUCUCCACCUGUGUGAUCAAAGUUCCCCUUGGCCGGUGUGAACGACAUGGGAAGUGUAAAAAAACCUGUAUCGCCUCCAGAGACCCAUAUUGCGGGUGGGUAAAGGAAGGAGGUUCCUGUGCCCACCUGUCACCCGGCAGCAGACUGACUUUUGAACAGGACAUAGAGCGUGGCAAUACAGAUGGCCUGGGGGACUGUCACAAUUCCUUCGUGGCACUGAAUGGGCACUCCAGUUCCCUCUGGCCCAGCACCACCACGUCAGAUUCGGCGGCUCAAGAGGGGUAUGAGUCUAGGGGAGGAAUGCUGGACUGGAAGGAUCUGCUCGAUUCACCUGACAGCACAGACUCUUUGGGGGCAGUGUCUUCCCAUAAUCACCAAGACAAGAAGGGAGUGAUACGGGAAAGUUACCUCAAAGGCCACGACCAGCUCGUUCCUGUCACCCUCUUGGCCAUUGCGGUGAUUCUGGCUUUUGUCAUGGGGGCCGUCUUCUCCGGCAUCAUCGUCUAUUGCGUCUGCGAUCACCGGCGCAAAGAUGUGUCGGCCGUGCAGCGCAAGGAGAAGGAGCUCGCCCACUCGCGCCGGGGCUCCAUGAGCAGCGUCACCAAGCUCAGCGGCCUCUUUGGGGACACCCAGUCCAAAGACCCGAAGCCAGAGGCCAUCCUCACACCACUCAUGCACAACGGCAAGCUCGCCACUCCCAGCAACACGGCCAAGAUCCUCAUCAAGGCUGACCAGCACCACCUGGACCUGGCAGCCUUGCCCACCCCCGAGUCCACCCCGACGCUGCAGCAGAAGCGGAAGCCCAGCCGCGGCAGCCGCGAGUGGGAAAGGAAUCAGAACCUCAUCAAUGCCUGCACCAAGGACAUGCCCCCCAUGGGCUCCCCUGUGAUUCCCACGGACCUGCCCCUCCGGGCCUCCCCCAGCCACAUCCCCAGCGUGGUGGUCCUGCCCAUCACGCAGCAGAGCUACCAGCAUGAGUAUGUGGACCAACCCAAAAUGAGCGAGGUGGCCCAGAUGGCGCUGGAGGACCAGGCGGCCACCCUGGAGUAUAAGACCAUCAAGGAACAUCUCAGCAGCAAGAGCCCCAACCAUGGGGUGAACCUUGUGGAGAACCUGGACAGCCUGCCCCCGAAAGUCCCCCAGCGGGAGGCCUCGCUGGGCCCUCCGGGAGCCUCCCUGUCUCAGAACGGCCUGAGCAAGCGGCUGGAGAUGCACCACUCCUCCUCCUACGGCCUUGACUAUAAGAGGAGCUACCCCACGAACUCGCUCACGAGAAGCCACCAGGCCACCACUCUCAAAAGAAACAAUACUAACUCCUCCAAUUCCUCCCACCUCUCCAGAAACCAGAGCUUUGGCCGGGGUGACAACCCGCCUCCCGCCCCGCAGAGGGUGGACUCUAUCCAGGUGCACAGCUCGCAGCCGUCUGGCCAGGCCGUGACUGUGUCAAGGCAGCCGAGCCUCAACGCCUACAACUCACUGACCAGGUCGGGGCUGAAGCGCACCCCCUCGCUAAAGCCGGACGUACCCCCCAAACCUUCCUUUGCUCCCCUUUCCACAUCCAUGAAGCCCAAUGAUGCGUGUACAUAAUCCCAGGGGGAGGGGUCAGGUAUGGAACCAGCAGGAAAGGCGAGGCACCCGCUCAGCUCGGCAAGGUUCUCAACUGCCUGAGGACCCACCAGACCAGGAUGGCCGGCAAAGCCCAGGACGCUGGGGCCUCCUCUGGGACGCGGGGUCCUCUCCAAAAUUGGGCCGUGUGGUUUGGUGAAGGUUUGCAGCGCGGGACUCACCUCCAUUCUCUCCCUUCACUCUCCCCCACACCCUGCAACAGGUCGGACUCACAAAAGACUUAAAUUAUCAUCACAAACAUGAGCCAAAAGCACAUACACACCCACCCCCACACACACAUGUGCGCGCGCGCGCACACACACACACACACACACACACACACACAGAGGUGAACAGCAACUGCAACAUUUUGUCCAUGACUGCACGGGGCGCUGCCAGACUGGGCUAGCGUUCUGACCUGCAAAACACAAAUACAUUUUAAAAAAUCAUGAAAAUGAAAAAGACAAAAAAAUAAAGAAUUCAUUGAUAAUUCUAACUCAGACUUUAACAAUGGCAGAAGUUUACUACGCGCAGAUACUGUGAAAUGCCCACCAGUGUUACAGCUUUCUGUUAUAGCAGAUUCAUGCCAUGUUGGGCAACUAUGUCAUAGAUUUCUGCUCCUCCUCUCUUUUAAUGAAAUAACGUGACCGUUAACGCAAGUAACUCUUUAUUUAUUGUUCACCCUUUUUUUCCUUAAGGAAAGGACUCUUCCACAUACCACCCUAUGAACAGCUCUUCAGAAAGCCCCUUGAAAGUUAAACUAUUUAACGUGAAAUCCAUUAACUGGAAUAAUUAAGUUUCUUUAUUUUUACAAUAAAUUCACUGAGUAAAUAAGUUGGAGCUGGAAUUCUGAGCUUUGUGUUUGAACUGUCUGAUCUCUAGCUCAAGGAAAAAGGAGGGGAAUGUUUAUUUAAAUCUACCGGUUGAUUGGCUGGUCAGGUCUCUGGCCUAUAACAUGCAAAAAAUUAAUUGGUUUAAAAGUCCUUCCAGAUCCUAACUUCUAAAGCAACCAGGAGAGGAACUUUCAAAAUGGCGCAUCCGUGUCCCGUUGCUGCCAACAUGGCUUUGUCAGUGGUUCCUACUUUCUGUGAAGGCACCAGCUUGUGAUACGCCAUCCCAUUUCACCUUGCAUGUGAGACAGCAAACAAAAUCCACAAACGGUGUGAACUAGUUAAUAUGCUGGCUGCUACCUUGCAUAAAUUAAUGGUUUGAUCACACGGGUUUAUCGUGGGGUUACAUCUGUGAAUAGCCUGUUUUCCACAUGUAAAUUUGUGCCUUACACCCUGAGUUGUGUACACUUGUAAACUGUCGUUAUGAGAAGGUUUUUCCCCCUUUUGAAAUAAAUGCAGAUAUUUAUUUAACCCUCCCUCCCCCCACCCCCAUUCCAGCCUUCUGGAAGAUGAGCAUCCAGCAGAUGGAAGAAGAAUGCGGUGGUGAUCCUGCAGCCUGGGAAAGCUGGGCAGCAGCACACCCUCCAAUUCACACUUCCUUCUAGUCGUGCCAACUCCAACCACCCUUGGCCAUGCUGUCAGGCGUGGACCCCAGUGUUGUGUGUGGCAAAUCCCCUUUCUCCCUCCGGAGCUCCCUGUUUCCCUUUUAUUCUCAGAUCAUUUCAACAUGGUGAUAUCCUCUUUAGCCCGCAGAAAAGGGACUAACUGAAUGUCCCAGUCCUCAUUUCUGCCAUGUCCCCUGGCUGGAGAGCAAGCUGUGUGUGGUUGGGCAGGCACCUGGGAGGAGUCUCCAAGCCGUGUGCUCAGCACCUCCAUGCAAUGCACACAAAGAAAUGACAUGGAAAUAGAUGCAGGCAGGCUGGUCCCUGCUGUGAUUAAUGAGUAACUCCAAGUACAAGGCCGACCACAAUGGAUGCUGCAAAAACAUUGACUGGGGCAAAAGAUUUUUAAUUUCUUUAUCCUUUUGUCGUUACUGUUUGUAGGGGGGUGGGGUGGGGCGUGUGUUUCCCCCUUGGUUUGUUUUCGUUAAGCUCAAGCACACAGGAGGGACUUUUGUUUACUCUAUCACGAACAAAAGAAUUGUCAACAUACUGUAAACCAUGAGUGUUGUUGUUGGUUGUUAUUUUUUUUUAAACAGUUAAACAGUAGAGUGACUGGUCUCUUUGUCUUUUUUUAUUUCCAGUUUUAUCUUCUGGGUUUAGUUUUGUCUUUUAAAAGAAACUUUCCAAAAAAAGACAACUUUGGACAAUUUUGAGUUGGCUGGUGAAAAAGUGGCGCCUCCGUAAUCAGCGAGACCUGGGUAGCGAGGGCAGGAGCACACCCUUUUGUUUCAAAUGUCCCUUGCAGUUUUGUUGUUGUUCGUGGCAGGUUUUUGUUGUUUUUGUGUUAUUUUGUUUUGUUCGUGGAAUCAAUGUUCACAUCCUGUGAACUCUGUACCCUGAAACCAUGAAGUCUUUUCUAGAAACCCAGAUAGUGUUUUUUCCCUUGGAUUUUCUUUAGAAGAACAUAGCAGAGCAUAGGAAGGCAAUGGGUGUGUAUCAGCCUGCUGCCUUCUCCCCCAAUUCUGACUCCUAAGAGUAUUGACAGUGCAGCGCCCCCUCUCGUCUGUAUGUGGGCCUCAUUGCCUCAGCCGUGUUAUGGAGACCUGUGUCAGAACUUCCAUCCCGCCUCCCUACCUCCCACGACCCAUCACUUGCGGUGUUAACACUAAAAUGCCCACAUGUAUUGAGCUGGUCUUCUGCAUUUAAGUAUUGUUCCCCUUUUCUUUUUUUCCCCACUGUGUUUGGGGGGAGGGUCCAUAAACCUGAGUGUGCCUUUGCUUUCCACCCUUGCUAGACACUGGUAGACGCAACCAACUCAGAUUUAUAUUUGUUGUAAAGUUGUAAAAAUAUUGUGAUGUCACCAAUUUUCCUUCCAUCUCCACAUCCCCUAACAUCUGAUUCACGACUUAAUGUAUGUUGUAAAAAAGAAAAAAAGAAUCGAAAAAAAGGGAAAAAAGACAAAAAAAGCAAGGAAAAGGCUCUUUAUUACUUAAAAGUAAUAAAACAAGACUUCAACAUUAU